GUGCAAUGGGCCGAAUGGGGCACCGGCUGGACCUCCGCCUUCGUUGGUGCGCGUCCGGUCAAAGCAGGCUACCAGAUGGCGACCUGCCGCCGGGCUUCCGAGGAUGAACUGCCAGAGGCGCCAGAGGGCGGAAGAGUCAUCCAUGUGGAGUACUGCAUGUACUGCAAGUUCCUCCCGCAGUACCUUAAGUUCAGGAAGGCUGUGGCCGACCGUUUUGGUGAGCGCGUGCUGUGUUUUGGGAACCACGAGGACACCUUGCAACAGCUUUGUCGGCAGCCCAAAGCUCGACUGGGAGCUUUUGAGGUUGUGGAUGUGAAAUCCAACAAAGUGCUCUAUACAAAGCUGGGGAGUGGGUUGCACAUCACUGAAAGGCAGGAAUGGAUGGACCAGCUUUUUGACGAGAUCGAUGAGCUCUGUGAAAAGGACUGA